CAUUCAUUGUCCACUAUUACGCUCAAUCACACUCCAGUCCAGACGGUGGCAGUAAUGCACUCAACAUCUGGUUUGCACACUUCGGAACGAACAAAAAGGGGGUAAUAAGAAGAACUCGGUAGUAGUGGCUGCGGUUCCGUGAAAGGACGUCUUUGUUUCGCGCAGAGGAAUGGCUUCUCUUAAUGUUGGGUCGACAUACUCAAAUUAUACAGACUUUAAUAAUGCGGUCACCGCAUUCGAAAAUGAGAAUUUUGUCCAGUUUUACCGCCGCGACGCAAGAACAAUUGAAAAAGUCAAACGAUUAAAUCCAAGGCACCAUUACAAUCCUGAGUUGAAGUAUGUGAACAUACAUCUGACUUGUAUACACGGUGGCAGAAAUUUCUUAUCACAUUCUAAAGGAGUGCGUCCGAAAACGAGAUCCCAGUGUUCGGUGGAGCUGCGGAGCCUCUGAUGGGCCACCCCCUGUCGGCAGGCUCCUUCCACGGGCAGGAUGGGCUGGGGGACGCCCCUGACCCAGAUGCCCCGGGCCUGGAGCUGCUGCAGACAGAAGGGGCUGUGGAAGCCAUCAUCAGGCUGGUCAAUGAGAACCCUGGAGAGGUGUGCCUGGUAGCUAUGGCCCCGUUGACCAACCUGGCCCUUGCAGUGAAGAUUGACCCCACCCUCCCUCAGAAACUCAAAGGUCUCUUCAUCAUGGGAGGCAACACUGACUGUAAGGGCUUUGUGUCUAUUCAGGGGCGAAGGGUAGAGCAGAACCACUGUGUUUCUGCAGUUGGGGGCAAGUGCUGA